CUGUAUGAUUUUAUUAGCCUAUUCUAGAUAUGUCUAGUUGCGCUUUCGAAAUAGGAACAAGCGCUGCGGUCAUAACUUUUGAUCCGUUUAAAUAGCCUAGUUGUCAUGGGAUAUAGGCCUAGCCUAUGUGACAUUGAUCCUAGCCUAUUGCAGAAAGGGUGGUGAUUGAGCCACGUAUGUUAUAUGUCAUUUAUAAUAUUUUAGGAUUUAUUUCCAGGUUAUUCUUUUGUAAUAACAAAAAAUACCGAUACGGGAUUCGUCUCUUCAGUUGGAACGGGAUGAGGACCGUGCGUUUUGCUGUUGGGGCUUUUAUCAGUCUGAUUUUCCAAGUGGGCAUGACACAACAGAGGACGAAUGGUGAAUAUUGCCAUAGUUGGAAGGACGCGCAAUCUAACUGGCGAGGGGGUUUCCAUUGUCCGGAGGGCCACGAUCAAAGAGAAGCGGCGAUCUGUUGUGGAACGUGUGAGCUGCGCUACUGUUGCGCGCUCAUAGGAGCAAGACUGGAUCAGGGUAACUGCAACAACCACGAGCAAGUUCUACAGCCUGGCACGUCUGAUGACGAGAAAGAUGCCAAGAAUGCAGUACCUGUCUAUGUCCCCUUUGUGAUCGUGGGCUCUGUUUUUCUGGCCUUUAUCUUUCUGGGCUCCAUGGUGGCCAUGGGUGUCUGUCUGAGUCGUAAACAGGAGAUCUCCCAAAGCCCAGAAGGUGCUGCUGGGCCCCAGGGUGGGAGUGGAGAGCAGCAGCAGGAGGCUGUACCCAUGACUGUGAGUACAGGGACGUCCUGUGGUUCCACCUCAUCUCUCUACCCUCCCAAUGCCAGCCAAGCCUGUCCAACUGGAUCCACACGUGUCCACCAAACCUUAAAGAGGCAGGAAACUCCCACCAGCCCACAACCCUCCAUGGUCCAACCUUUUACCAUGCACCCCACCAUGGUGUUUUCCAGCCUGGUUCACCCCUCCAUGCUUCAUCAUUCCAUAAUGCAUCCUUAUAUGGCUCAAAUGCCUACUCUGUAUACCUCACAAGGGGAAAGCCGUCAUCUCCCAUCUCCCUGCCCUCCAUCCAGCUAUACCAGCACUAAACCCAGGCACACCGAAGUGAUCAUAUAAUUUGUGGCUGUGACUUUGAAAGACUCCAGUAUGGAGUAUUUGGGUAUUCAAAUAACAAAAUAUUAAUAAGCCCAGGAAAUGGAAUGUAAAUGUGUGGCAGCCAGUUUAGACGAAUAAAAAUGUUUAGGAGAAUAAUUGCAAUUGGUCAGUUAACAAUAAUUCAAUGAUUCAUAUUUGAUUAUUCCUUAAAAUGUAUAGUGUUUCUUUGUAAAUAUUCUGUACUCAUUUCUACAAUUUACACAUUCAAUUGCUGGACUUUUUCUGAUGUUUUUUGUUGUUGUCCAUAAUAUAGUUAUAUUAGCCCUACUGUUAUGUAUUACUGAUGCAAAAGCUACACUACGCACAUAACCCUGUCACAUAAUAAUAAUAGUAAUAAUUUGGUGGGGACAUAUAUUUUGUCCUAUUUCACACAUGUACAAGUUGAAGAGUUGGACAUAGCACCAUGAUUUAGGUGACAUGAUACUGUAUCAUGAUAUCAUGACACCAUCAUUAACCACAAUUUUAUCUAAAACAUUCCUCAAUGCGAUCUCUAUACAUGAACAGAAUUUGCUCUGGUGGCUGCAGAGUUUAUCAUCAGGCCUUUCACAACUUUGGUUUUAGAAGUGGGGGGGGACAUUAAAAAAAUGUAUUCAGUCGGAUAAACACUCGAAGAAGUCUACCCGAUCGCUCGGAGCGGUCCGCAUGGUCCGGAAGCACACUGUUGCCUCGUUUUGCAGCACAUUCGAAUGAUAAAACUGUGAGGGGGGACAAAAAUGCAAUUCAGAAUGUGGGGAGGACAUGUCCCCCCCGUCCCCCGUGAAAGUUGUGCCCCUGGCCUUUCUGCAGCCACAGCCUCGCACCAGGUGUGUUGAAACGUCUAAUUUCUGGGAGCGGCGCUGUUCAACCGCUAUGCUGCUGAAGUGGCGACCAAUCCUGUUUUAGUUUGCACUGAUUGCUUUGCUGGCCAUGGUGCUGAAUGUUUGCGCGGCUAGUUGUAUCUCGUGCCAACUUUGGCUUUUACAAUUGAAGUUAAAACACAGUUUUUACAUUUUUACUUCCUAUUUUAAGAAACGUUUUUAUCCAUAAUUCCAUGUGUCCAUCUGUAGCAUCUAUCUUCAGCAGUAUCUUAUUAUGGAGACCAUUUUAGGCAUAGGCAAUCAGACAGAAUCAGAAUCAUGUUAAUUGUCCUAGAAUAGGAAAAUCUUAGCAUAGCUCACAAAUAACAUGCACAACGCAUAUAGAAAACACAGCAGGAAACAAGCUAUAGUCAGACAUAAGUAGUAGCAGGAAGCUACCCAUAGCAGGAAGCUGCAUGGAAUUGCUAAUGAAGCAAACUUGACUACCACAAGAGAAACUGAAGGAUCAUUUGGGGGUAAUGGUGGUAUAGGCCUAGCUAUAAUCAUCACAGAAAAACACUAAGUGAUAAAUGGAGAAUACGUGUUAUAGUGGCUGGGGGCUCAGUGUCAUGAAUAGCCCAAUAGAGGCAUUAGUGACUGGGGGUGUACAUGGGUGCAGUGAUAGCGAUGUGUGAAAACAUUGGGAUAAACAGUGGCAUUGUCAUUGAGGGUAAAUACUGUAUUAUUGUUAAUAGGGUUGAGCUAUUGAAAUUACAGAAGCACCAAUAUGUUACUCUGCCGUUUCGUUUUUAUUAAGGCCCUUCCCUUGCAUUAGAUCAUGCAUUAGCGCACAGUGAUCUACAGACCUCCAAUAACAUCA